AUGCGUUUACUCAUAGUCCCAACGGAUGUCACGGUUUGGGAUUGGCUCUUUGAUCCUUAUUCUCCCCAUUGCCCAUUGUCCAAAUAUCCAGCUUCCGAGAUUGCCGGGUACACAAAUGCCUCCACACGGGAGCGCGUCAGCUUUGCGCAGGUCAAGGAGUACACCACAUUCCUCUCGACCGCUCUAGUAAGGAUGUUUGACUUUAAGGAAGGAGAUACGGUGGCAUUGUUUAGCCAGAACACAAUAUGGUACCCAGUUGCCAUGCUGGGGGCCAUCAGAGUGGGAGGCGUUGUGUCUGGUGCUUCACCUGCAUAUAAUGUGGAUGAGAUGACAUAUGCGUUGAAGACAGCUCAAGCGAAGAUCUUGAUGACUAUGCCAUCUUCAAUGACUGUUGCUGUUGAGGCUGCCAAGAAUGCCGGCAUCCCCCAGAACCGGAUAUUUCUGCUUGAAGGCGAAGUGGAAGGGUAUACAACAAUGAAACAGCUCUUGGAUAUCGGGAGGAGCUACGGCUCUGAAGGACAGGUAAAAGCAUUUAAGAUACCCCCUGGGAAAAGGAACAAGGACGUAUGCGGCUUCUUGAGCUUUAGCAGUGGGACAACAGGGUUGCCAAAAGCAGUGAUGAUUGCACACCAAAAUGUCAUCGCCCAGUGCUUGCAGGUCCAGCAGGUAACGCCAGAAUCGCACAAGAAGGUUCUCGCUGUGCUACCUUUAUUUCACAUCACUGGGCUUGUCCAUCAACUCCAUUUGCCUGUUCUUCUCAACGCGGAAAUAUACAUGCUCCCGUCAUUUACCAUGGAGGCUAUGCUCGAUGCGGUCUCCACGUUUAAGAUCAAAGAGAUGUUGCUUGUCCCACCCAUCUUAAUUCGAUUGGUCCGUGAUCCCGUUGUUGAUAAGUAUGACUUAUCACAUGUUGAACGCUUCUCCUCCGGCGCCGCUCCUCUAAGCGCAGAGAUCCUAGCGUUUUUGGAAAAGAAGUUCCCCGGAACCGGCUUCAAACAAGGGUACGGCAUGACCGAAUCUUGCAGCUGCAUAACCACGCACCCCAUUGGCAAAAUGGGUUAUGAGUAUGCGUUCCGUGUUGGCACCAUUGUUGCCAACACUGAGGUCAAAAUCAUCGAUCCGGACACUGGUGCCGAACUUGGAUACAACCAACCGGGAGAAAUUCUUGCCCGCGGGCCUCAAGUGGUAAUGGGCUACUUGAACAACCCCAAAGCAACUCGCGAGACCUUUGAUGAAGAUGGCUGGCUACAUACUGGUGACGUCGGCAAGAUCGAUGAAGAAGGCUUUAUCACUAUUACGGACCGGAUCAAGGAAAUGAUUAAAGUCAAAGGUAUCGGUGUUGCUCCAGCUGAACUGGAAGAUUUGCUUCUGGGUCAUCCGGAUGUCGAGGAUGCAGCCGUCCUCGCUGUCCCGGAUGAAUAUUCUGGGGAAAGACCUAAGGCAUACGUGGUAUUGAAACCAGCACGAAAGGACGACGACCUUGUGGCAACUGGAAGAAAGCUUAUUAAGUAUGUCCAGGAGAAGAAGGUAAGACAUAAGUGGCUUGUGGAGGUAGAGUUUACAGAGGAGAUUCCAAAGAGUGCGAGUGGGAAGAUUUUGAGGCGAGUGCUAAGGGAGCAACAGAAAAACGGUGGUAAAAAGGGCACUGUCGUGAGAAAUGAUGAGAGUGCAGCGAAGGCGAGACUGUAG